GGUGAACGUUGGAAUCUGUGGCCCUGGAAAUCUGCACUAGCCCCCUCGAAGGAUGCGGCUGAGGGGGCUCAUCAGAUCUGGCGCAUGAAGAUGCGCUCCGUUGUACUUCGCAUUCAACAGUCUCUUAUGCCCAUACCUGCUCAAUAUCCAAUUACGUUCCUUGCGAUACUACGAGCUGUCGGAUCCGAUACCCAAGAUAUCGACGACGAGCCUCCAAUACAGUCAUUCACACAACAUCGCCGUGCCCACCCGCAAACAUGACGCGACUUUUCGAACGAAACGCGAAAACUGCCCCUUCGAAAUACCCACGAAUAUUAUUCCAUGGCAUCAGAACCGCCCAACUGAUCUCCAGCAUCAUUGUCGGAGGAAUUAUGGUCUACUUCAUGUGGUUCCUAGCCCAUGACAGCAAGCCAAUUCCAUGGACCUUCAUCUGGCUCACGGCCGCAUCUCUGUUCUCCAUCAUCGCGCUCGCGUUCACAAUGGUUCUCCACUGCUUUACUGGGCUUAAUCCGAGAUUCAAUCUUGCUCUCAACGGAUUCAACGCACUGCUAUGGACUCUAAGUUGGUCUCUACUAACUUGGUACAUGAGUCCUACUUUGCGGAGCAUGUGCGACAUUGAGCACUGGCAGGAAGAAGCAGGCAUUAUGGUGUGCCGAAUCUACAAGAGCCUCUUCACAUUCACGUUGGUUGGAUUUGUCUCCACCAUUGCGGCGCUCUGUCUGGACAUCUACGUCUUCCGCAACGAUACCCGUCGCGGCAUGUACCAGCUACCGGACAUCGGUCUCAACCCUCAGCCGGGAUCUCGUUCCCCUGAGCGAUACACUGAGGAUAACACACCGUAUGGACACGGUGGCCUAGCCGAGCCGCGCGAAAGUGAGGCUUGGGAGACGCCUCGACCUUUCUCGAAUACAUACGACUCGGACUCUUUACCGCCUCGAGAGCACAUCAAUGUUCCGCAUCGCGACUUCGAUCAUGAUACCGGCUACCAUGGCGGUCCUGCGGAGGGUAGGAAUCUGGUCGACAAGUAUUGAGAAGGCAAGCUGGGUUGAUUCAUUUGCUUUGUCGCCGGUCUGCGCCUCUUAGCGAAGCUCUGUUCUUUCGAUAUCGGCAUAU